AAUAUCGGCCUUAGUUGUACGUCUUCGUUACUCAGCUUUUAUUCGCCAUAAAAACAAGAUCGUACAAAUUUAAAAUAAGGGGAGGAUUGCAGACUGCUCGUUAUCAGGCGAACAUUUACCGGCGUUUUCAAGCAGGAUUUCAUCAGUUACAUAUUUAAGAAGUAAGAUCUUGAAUCGUCAAAGAACAUCGUGAUUCAAUAUGGCUUGGGUACCUUUAGAAUCGAAUCCAGAGGUUAUGACGAAGUUCCUCCAUAAAUUGGGCGUUCCAAAGAAAUGGUCGAUCAUAGAUGUAUACGGUUUAGACCCGGAAUUGUUGGCGAUCGUCCCUAAGCCGGUUCUUUCUGUAAUUCUGCUUUAUCCUGUCACUAUAAAGAAUGACAAGACUGAAGAAGAAGAAGAAGCAGCUAAAGAAAGCAAAAGUGAUGCUCCAGAUUCAGUUUAUCAUAUGAAGCAAUGUAUCUCGAAUGCUUGUGGAACAAUCGCACUGGUUCAUAGUGUAGCCAAUAAUUUGGACACCUUGCAACUUGAGGAUGGUUUCCUCAAAACAUUUUUGGAUGAGACCAAAGGACUUCCAUCUGCUGAGCGUGGAGAACGUUUGAUAAACGCACAAGGCAUCAUUGAUACUCACAUGGAAUCGGCUCAGGAGGGACAAACUGAGGCACCUGGGGAAGAUAUGGAAGUGUACCACCACUUUAUUGCGUUUGUACAUAAGGAUGGUUCUCUGUAUGAACUAGAUGGUCGGAAACCUAGUUCCAUCAAUCACGGCUCGACCUCAUCAGAGACGCUUCUGGAGGAUGCCGCUCGCAUCUGCAAGGAUUACAUGGCGCGCGAUCCUGAGGAAGUGCGUUUCACGGUGGUCGCACUCGCUGCCAAUGAAUGAACGGCCCUCUUAUCCCAAGUGCAUUUGCCUUUAAGCUAACUUAAGUUCAAUUAAUUUAUUUCGUAUAUGACUCGUACAUUUUAUGCUUCGGCGACGCAUUUAUUUCGUUCAAUUGUAGCUUUUCUAUGUGGUAUGUGGCAUAUUGAGAGAUAUUUCAAAAACGAAAAAAAAAACGAAGAACAUUCAAAAGAAGUUUACAUGUGCAGUUGUUCAUUACAUAAGUUUGCUUCUAUUGAAUGCAUUCCACAACUUACCAGAUCCCCAAUCUGUCGCACGGACCUUACAUAGACUUUAACAACGCCAAAAAUACAAAUGUAGUUAGCAACAUACCGGCAAUUUGCCAGUGAAUUCGCUGCAGAUUGCCAUCGAUUGCAACUGAAUUAGAUUUUGCCAGCAAAAUUCGCAGUUAUAACACGACAGAAAAUUGGCGACAAAAACGGAGCGAAUUGGCCUUGCUGAAUACGAUAUACCUUCCAUCGAAUUAAACUUUCCGUCGUUAUUCUGUUGAUAAAAUUCGAAAUAGACAGUUUAUGAAAUCUGCUCCUAACGAGCUCGUUUGUGCAAGGAUAUUUUUGAUCGCUGAAAGAGGAAAAAAAGAAACUAAAUAACGCGAGAUGCUGUAAAGAGACAACAAUAAACUACAGAUACUGUGCGUCGAUCAAAGUCCCUGUGCUUUAUAUAAUCAGACGAGCGUGCGCCAGAGCGAGUUUCAGGGCUCGCGAAUCGAAAUUGACGACAAAUUAGAUUCUAUACGUUUCCCGGUUUGACAAGGUAACGCGUCACAACUCGGUAACAUUUGUUGUUGACAAUCAGCAUUUUGUACACUUCUAUAUAGAGCGAAUUGAAUUUUGUACAACUGAAACAUAUUCGCUUAUGAGUAUUCGACCUCUAAUUGAGUGAUUGCGAACGUUGAGAUAGAGCGACAAUAAACACACAUACAUACAUACCGGCACGAUUUAAUUAAAUUUAAAUUUAACUAAAUCUA